GCGCCGUUUCUGGAGCGGAUUGGAACCCGGAGUCAGGAUCCGAUAAAUGAGGGGUCUCCUGCAGAAAAGGUAACGCGUUUUUCCCACGCACGGACGUCGCUUCCCCACAAAACGGCCCCGCAGUUCUGUAGUAAAGCUGCAGCCGGUUCGUCCGGUCCGCUCCGGGCUUCCUGGAGCCGCCUCGGCCGCCUCCCGCCUGGCGUUGAAGAACAUCGACUCCGGUUUGGUGGCUCGCGUCUCCGGUCCAUCCGCCAUGCCGACUGUUCUUUGUUACAUUUGUUAGUGAAGAGGAGCCGCUCAGAUCGGAGUUAAAACCCGGCUAGACUUUGGGAGCGACUCAAAUCCCGGAUCCCAUCUGCUGCCCUGACUGCCACACGUUACCGUGCAUGUGCAAAAACAGAUAAUAAUGUGAUAAUACUGCACUGUGAGGGGGUUUGAUGUGAUGCAUUCAGGUGUCUCAGGUUAAAUGCGUGUUGGCAUAAUGGCUGAGCAGACGCCAGAUGAGUUCAUCUGGUGUGAUGACUGUGGCCAGUACCAUGACUCCGAGUGUCCCGAGCUUGGACCGCUUGUGACCGUCCAGGACUCCUUCGUCCUGAGCCGAGCGCGGUCGUCUUUACCAAACAGUUUGGAGAUCAGGCAGGUGUCUGACGGCGUGGAGGGGGUGUUCGUGCUGCGCCGGCUGGUCAAGAGGACUCGGUUUGGACCCUUUGAGGCGAAGAGGGUCGCCCACAUGGAGAAGGAAGGAGCGUUCCCUCUGAAGAUCUUCCAGAGGGACGGCGUGGUGGUGUGCUUCGACUCCAGCAGCGAAGAAGACUGCAACUGGAUGAUGCUGGUGCGGCCCGCCAUGGACCACAAACACCAGAAUCUGACGGCUUACCAGCAGGACGACGACAUCUACUUCAACACCUCCCAGGAUGUGCUGCCGGGAACAGAGCUGAGGGUCUGGUACGGAGCCUUCUACGCCAAGAAGAUGGAGAAGCCCAUGCUCAAAUCUCCACUCCAGCCACCGCCACCUCCGGCAGAGACUGCAGCCCACAACGUGCCCCCAGUGGCUGAAGAAAACAAUGCAGGCAACAUGAUAUGUCAUCUCGACGAAGGCAAGGUAAUGGCGCUUCCAGUCCUGCCCCAAGAGGAGAGCCUGGUCGGGCCCGAUGAGGAGGAGGAGGAAGGCGGCGGCGUCCCUGUUGCGACUCCACCGGCGGCCCCCAGGAGAGGGCAGGGAGGCCGAGGGAGGAGAGCUAAGGGACGCAGGCAUGGAGCUGCUGCAAACAAACACAAAGAUGUGAAGCCCCCGACGGAGAGAGGCGAGCCGGCGGCCUCGGAGGCGUCGGCAGCAGCAUCAGCGACAGAGAGCGGCAGCCAGCUGAGCUCUCCGGACAGCGUGGCUGUCCUGAAGCGACACAAAGCCAGAGAGCACAAGAGGGUGUACCGCUGCUCCCUCUGCAACAAGGUCUUCCAGAACAGCAGCAACCUGAACCGACACAUCCGAUCACACGGUGAUAAGCUGUUUAAAUGUGAUGAAUGUGACAAGCUGUUCAGCCGCAAGGAGAGUCUAAAGCAGCACAUCUCUUAUAAGCACAGCAAGAACAUGCCCGACCAGGAGUACAAAUAUAAAUGCAACACAUGUGAGAAAUCCUUUCGCCUGGAAAAUGCCUUAAAGUUCCACAACUGCCGGACAGACGACAAGACGUUCCAGUGCGACAUCUGCUCGCGGUUCUUCUCCACCAACAGCAACCUCUCCAAGCACAAGAAGAAGCACGGCGAGAAGCUCUACUCCUGUGAAAUCUGCAACAAGAUGUUCUACCGCAAGGACGUGAUGCAGGAGCACCACAGGAGGCACGGCGUGGGACCAAAGCACAUGAAGAGGGAGGAGCUGGAGGCCAACGGUGAAGAAGGGACCAAGUACAGGAAGGAGCCGUCGCCCUGUCCCAUCUGUGGCAAGGUGUUCUCCUGUCGGAGUAACAUGAACAAGCAUCUGUUGACUCACGGCGAUAAGAAGUACACCUGCGAGAUCUGCGCCCGCAAGUUCUUCCGCGUGGACGUCCUCCGGGAUCACAUUCACGUUCACUUCAAGGACAUCGCCUUAAUGGACGAGCAGGAGAGAGAAGGCUUCAUCAAGAAGAUCGGCAUCUCUGCAGACGACAGCGACGACACGGACGACUCGGACGAGGAAGACGAUCCUGAACAUCACAAGUACAACUGCAAGAAAUGUCAACUGUCGUUCGCGAAGGGCAGAGAGUACCUGAAGCACAUCAUGGAGCAGCACAAGGAGAGAGGCUACGGCUGCGGCAUCUGUAACCGACGCUUCGCGCUCAAGGCCACGUACAACGCUCACCUGGUCAUCCACAGAGAGCAGCUGCCCGACCCCGCCGUGCAGAAGUACAUCCAUCCAUGUGAGAUUUGUGGCCGAAUCUUCAACAGUAUCGGGAACCUCGAAAGGCACAAGAUCAUCCACACCGGGGUGAAGAGCCACAGCUGCGACAAGUGCAACAAAUCAUUCGCAAGGAAGGACAUGCUGAAGGAGCACCUCAGGGUUCACGAUGACAUCCGAGACUUCCUGUGUGCCGAGUGCGGGAAAGGCAUGAAGACCAAGCACGCUCUGAGGCACCACAUGAAGCUUCACAAGGGCAUCAAAGAGUACGAGUGUAAGGAGUGCAACCGCAAGUUUGCCCAGAAGGUCAACAUGCUGAAACACUACAAGAGACACACGGGUAUAAAGGACUUCAUGUGCGAGCUGUGCGGGAAGACGUUCAGCGAGAGGACGACUCUAGAGACGCACAAGCUCAUCCACACAGUGGGUAAAACGUGGACGUGUGUGACGUGCGAUAAGAAGUACCUGACCGAGUACAUGCUGCAGAAGCACGUCCACCUGACUCACGAGAAGGUGGAGGCCCAGUCGUGUCACCUCUGUGGGACCAAGGUGUCCACGCGCGCUUCUAUGAACCGACAUCUGCGACGCAAACACCCGGAGGUGGUGCCUGUGAAAAUCGACGACUUUGAUGAUCUUCAGGAUUCGACAAUCAACGAUUCGUCUAUCAGCAUCGUGCAGCCCUCUCUGACCCUGGACAAAGACGGCAUGGUUCAGGAGCGGCCCAGCCGACCCUCCCGACACCCCAAGAAGAAGCAGAGAGUUCAGGCCGAGCCGGAGCUUUCCGAGUCUGACGAAUACGCCGAUUUCGCCGAGCCGAGGCACGAGUCCAUGGCAGAUUUCCACGCCGUCAUCGUCGGGGACGAGACUGAGACGAGCUCUGCUGUGCAGAGUAUCCAGCAGGUGGUGGUCCUGGCCGACCCCAGCGCUCCAUCAUCCUCUUCACCCAACAGCUCUGUGGGGCUGACGAACAUCACCGUCACUCCCAUCACCAGCCACGCCCCGGCCCAGUUCACCAGCCUGCAGCCCGUAGCAGUGGGCCACCUGACAGCCAGCGACCGACCCCUCACCCUGGACAACUCCAUCCUCACGGUCACCUUCGACACCGUCAGCGGCUCCGCCAUGCUCCACAACCGGCCGGCCGAACUCGUCCCGGAGACGGUGGGCCCCGGCGGAGGCGCGACGCCCCAGUCGGUCGCUCACUUCAUCAACGUAACCACUCUGGUCAACCCGAUGGGACACCAGCUGGAGGCACCCACUCUCGCCUGGAGGCCUGUGCCGGCGGCUGACGGCGGCCAAGUCACGCCCGUGGUCGAAGGCGCUCAGGAUGGACAGGAGGUGCAGAAUCAGGGCCCGGAGACAAACCGAGGGAUCCAGAGCCAGGCGGCCGCCUCGCAGCAGCAGAGCGGCUCCGCACAGCAAAUGUUCAGCUACUAGAGCGAAAGACUGGAGGUGCUGGUCGCCUCACACUCACAGACGUUGUUAGAUAGUAGAGUAGAUUUUAUCAAACUGUACAAAGCUUUGAUCACUGUCACCCAGAUGCCUCUCCAGCCCCAUGGAAGUUAAAGAGAGUGUGAUGAGUUUCCUUUUUUCUUUUCUUUUUAAACGGUGAAACAAUGCGGCUGUUCAUAAUUAACAUGAUAUUUUUUAAGAACACUCCUCUCUGAAAGAUUUACAUUUCAAACCAAAGCAACGUGUUGAAUAUUCAAAUGCCUUACCAGCCUUUUUAAAAAACGUGCAUGUUUUCAAGUCAAAUCCGCUGCUCGAAAAUAUGAAAUAUGAAACCUGAAGAUGGAUUUGAUGCGGUCGACAAAACUUUCUGUCAUCAAUGGCAUAUUCCUACAAGUGGCUCGCUCAUGAAAUGUUAUUUUUUUGAAUGCUGUAAACUAAUUUCUGUUGAACUGUCUGGAAAAAAUUACUGGAAGAGUUUUUGUACUGUUAUUUUUUUAAACAAAAA